AUGGAGAGCAACUUCCUCACGGCGAUGAUAGAGGAGGACAUGCUGCGGCGAGCCAUUGAGGCGAGUAAGGCCGAGUCACAUCCCAAGCAUCCGGAGCAUGCCUCAAGCUCAGGCUCUCCGUCUGAGAACGAACCAGGCCAUCUUCAUAAACGGAAAGACGUUGACGGCGAGCCAGAGACUCCGAGGAAGAAGACACGGUCCCGAGUAAACUUACUUGACCUGCACUCUCUCUUGGGUUCUGGUGAUAAGAGUGAUCACGAGACCGAAGACGAGUUUAGCGAAUGCACAGUCCAGCCUGGCAACAUCAAGGAGACGCUCGAACACGUUCACGUCAGUCCCGACGUGAUCGACGCGCUCAGCGUCCUUACCUUGUCGAUCAAGGACCCUGGAGCUUUCAAAGUCGGGAUCUUGUCCAAGCAUACAAGCCUUGGAGUCCUGCUAUACGGACCCCCGGGAACCGGCAAAACCCUCGUCGUCCGGGCCCUCGCUAAGCAAGCCAACGCCAAGAUGCUGGCCGUUUCUGGUGCGGACAUCCGGUCCAAGUUUGUAGGUGAUGGGGAGAAGAAAAUCAAGCGCAUGUUUGCAUAUGCGCGCCAGCACUCCCCGUGUAUCAUCUUCAUCGACGAAGCCGACUCGGUCUUUCGAUCCCGAUCAGCAGAGGGAAACUGUCGCGGCCACCUAUCUGAUCUCAACCAGUUCCUGACCGAGAUGGAUGGCAUCACUUCCAAGGAUUCCAACAGCCCCAUGGUAAUCGCGGCGUCCAACCGGCCCUUCGACAUAGACGAGGGAGUGCUCCGCCGGUUAGGUCGACGCAUCCUGAUUAACAUCCCCGAUGCCGCGGGCCGCGAGCAAAUCCUUAAAAUCCAUCUAGUUGGCGAGACGAUGGACCCGAGUCUCGACCUAGCCGAGAUCGCGAAGUCCACGCAGGAUUAUACGGGCUCCGAUCUCCGAGAUCUUGUCUGGGAGGCUGCUAUUGAGGCCGUGCGGGAGAUGCACCGACGCAACUCGGGACUGGGCAUCUCAAAGGCAUCUCAGCAGGGCGGCGCGGCCGGCGGAGCCAACCGCGUACUUCGCCGGGAUCACUUCCUUUGGGCGAAACGGGUGGUCUGUCCAGCUCCCAAAUCCGAGUUAGUUGCUCUGAUCGGCGAUUUCCAUAGCAGAUUCGGCAGCGCGGAGGGAGCGGGCAGGCGGCACGACCACAGAGUGGAGAAAAUCAACAAGACCAACACGGCCAUGCCAGAGCCAGCCUCGUCUUGUUCGGGAGCUUGA